AUGAAGCCAGGCUGUGCGGCAGGACCUCCGGGGAAUGAAUGGGCUGCAGAGAGCGCACGCUGCAGGAAAACCAUGUCCAGCGGGGAGCUGCGGGGGUCUGUCCUUCUGUCCGCGUGGAUCCUUCUGCGAGCUGUGACGGGCUUCUCUGGAGAUGGCAGAGCCGUCUGGGCUAAAUCGCCUCCGCUGAGUCCGGUAAACCAGAGCCAGCUGUUUCUCUAUGACACUUUCCCCCCAAACUUCCUCUGGGGUGUUGGGACGGGCGCGUUCCAGGUCGAAGGGAGUUGGGCGCAGGAUGGGAAAGGCCCUUCCAUCUGGGAUGAGUUCGUGCGUACAUACCCGACAACUGUCAAUGGCACGCAAGCUGCCAGUGACAGCUACCUGUUUCUGGAAAAGGACUUCUCGGCUCUGGAUUUUUUGGGCGUCUCUUUUUAUCACUUUUCCAUUUCCUGGCCCCGGCUCUUUCCCGACGGCGUGGUCGCGGUCGCCAACGCGCAAGGUCUCCGGUACUACAACGCUCUUCUGGACCAGCUAGUGCUCAGAAACGUUGCGCCCGUGGUGACUUUGUACCACUGGGACUUGCCUUUGGCGUUGCAAGAGAACUACGGGGGGUGGAAAAAUGAAAGCAUCGUAGAGCUCUUCAACGACUACGCCACGUACUGUUUCCAGAUGUUUGGGGACCGCGUCAAAUACUGGAUUACAAUUCACAACCCCUACCUGGUGGCUUGGCACGGCUAUGGGACCGGCGUGCACGCUCCGGGCGAGAAGGGAAGUGCGGCAGCUGUCUACACCGUUGGGCACAACCUCCUCAAGGCUCAUUCAAAAGUCUGGCAGAACUACGACCAGAAUUUCCGUCCCCAUCAGAAGGGCUGGCUAUCGAUCACGUUGGGGUCCCAUUGGAUCGAACCGAACAGAUCCGAAAACACGGAGGAUGUACUCAGGUGCCAGCAGUCCGUGGUUUCCGUGCUGGGGUGGUUCGCCAACCCUGUCCACGGGGACGGCGACUACCCCGAGGCCAUGAGGUCCAGCCUGCCCCUCUUCUCCGACGCCGAGAAGCGGGCGGUGAGGGGCUCCGCGGACUUCUUCGCUUUUUCCUUUGGGCCCAACAACUUCAAGCCCCCCAACACCAUGGCCAAAAUGGGGCAGAACGUGUCGCUCCAUUUAAGAGAAGUGCUGAACUGGAUCAAGCUGGAAUACGGCGACCCUCGAAUCUUCAUCACCGAGAACGGCUGGUUCACCGACAGUCACGUGAAGACCGAAGAUACCACGGCCAUCUACAUGACGAAGAACUUCCUCAACCAGGUGCUUCAAGCAAUACGGUUUGAUGGGAUUCGCGUGUUUGGCUACACGGCCUGGUCUCUCCUGGAUGGCUUCGAAUGGCAGGACGCUUACCACACCCGCCGAGGACUCUUUUACGUGGAUUUUAACAGCAAGGAAAAAGAAAGACAGCCCAAGACUUCCGCGCAUUACUACAGACAGAUCAUCCGAGAAAACGGUUUCCUUCUGAGAGAGUCCGCACCAGACGUGCAAGGGCAGUUUCCCUGCGACUUCUCCUGGGGCGUCACCGACUCUGUGCUUAAGCCCGAGUCGGUGGCCUCCUCCCCGCAGUUCAACGACCCCCACCUGUACCUGUGGAACGUGAGCGGCAACCGGCUGCUGCACAGAGUGGACGGCGUGCAGCUGAAGACUCGGCAAGCUCAGUGCACAGAUUUUGUCAGCAUCAAAAAGCAGCUGGAGAUGCUGACCAGAAUGAAGGUCACCCACUACAGGUUUGCUCUGGACUGGGCCUCCAUCCUCCCGGCUGGCGACCUGGCCACGGUGAACCGGCCGGCUCUGAGGUACUAUAGGUGUGUGGCCAGCGAGGGGCUGAAGGUCAACAUCUCCCCGAUGGUCACGCUGUACUACCCCACCCACGCCCGCCUGGGACUCCCCGCGCCCCUGCUGCAGGGUGGCGGAUGGCUGAACGCCACCACGGCGCAGGCCUUCCGGGACUACGCGGGCCUGUGCUUCCGCGAGCUGGGCGACCUGGUCAAGGUCUGGAUCACCAUCAACGAGCCGAACCGCCUGAGUGACGUCUACAACCGCACCAGUAACGACACGUACCGGGCUGCGCACAACCUGCUGCUGGCCCACGCCCGGGCCUGGCGCCUCUAUGACCGCCAGUACCGGCCGUCGCAGCGCGGGGCCGUGUCGCUGUCCCUGCACUCGGACUGGGUGGAGCCGGCCAACCCGUUCGCCGAGUCGCACCGGCAAGCGGCCGAGCGGUUCCUCCAGUUCGAAAUCGCCUGGUUCGCCGAGCCCGUCUUCAAGACCGGGGACUACCCGGCGGCCAUGCGGGAGUACAUCGCCUCCAAGCGCCGCCACGGGCUCUCGCGCUCCGCGCUGCCGCGCUUCUCGGCUGAGGAGAGGAGGCUGGUCCGCGGCGCGGCCGACUUCUACGCGCUCAACCACUUCACCACCAGGCUGGUGAUGCCCCAGCGCCUGCACGGCAGCGGCUACGAGGCGGACCGCGACGUGCAGUUCCUGCAGGACGUCACCUGCCUGAGCUCGCCCACGCGCCUGGCCGUGAUGCCCGGAGGCCUGCGCAAGGUGCUCAGGUGGGUCCGGGAGCACUACGGGGACUUGGAUGUCUACAUCACGGCCAACGGCAUCGAUGACAGCGCGCUGGAAAAUGACGGCCUGCGGAAACACUACUUGGAGAAAUACGUUCAGGAGGCUUUGAAAGCAUACCAGAUUGAUAAAAUCAAACUCAAAGGCUAUUAUGCAUUCAAGCUGACUGAAGAAAAAGCCAAACCCAGAUUUGGAUUCUUCACACCUGAUUUCAAAGCGAAAUCCUCAACACAGCUCUACAGCAAGCUGAGCAGCAGCAAUGGCUUCCCUGCAGACAACAGCAGCUCUAGAUGCGGGCCGGCCCCAGGAAACCCAAAAUGCGCCGUCUGCUUAUUUCUUGCGCAGAAGAAACCACUGAUAUUCUUUGUUUGCUGCUUCUUCUUCACCCUGGCCCUACUUUUAUCCAUUGCCAUUUAUCAUAAGCGAAAGAAAAGAAAAUGUUGGAAAGCUAAGAAAAUACAACACAUACCGUUAAAGGUAGGCCACAAGAGGGUUCAGAGUUAAAUUGAGCCUAUUUCUAUCUGCAUGAUAGAAGGACAAUUACAGAUUUCACUCCAGUUCCACAUACUGGUAGCUCAGAGACGGUGUAGAAAGAAGACUAACUGAGAAACUGGGGGGUAGUCAAGGUGAUGACAAUCAGUGUCUCUGCCAUUAUGGUUCCAAUGAAUUUCCCCUGAGGUGUUGACAUGCAAAUUCAGCUGUUGGAUCUGAAGAAGGUGUCACUUGGCUAAGCCAUGAGGAUUACCUGACACAUUGAUUUAUGAGAUUUAAUGAGCUGCUUUUCAUCUUUCUUCUCUGGCUUUCUUCUGCAGAAACCAAGUUAGUUUUAGUAAAAAUAAGUGAUUUUUUAAAAGUGAAACUUGGUCUUUUUAGACUCCCCUUUGAAACUAGGCAGGUAGUGAGAGAUUGUUAGCCACCUCUAACCAAAUGCUUUCCCAUCCAGUCCGAGUUGUUCUUAAAGGGAAAGGGGAGAAAAUACAAUGGGAUAAGUGGUAAUCACACUACAGUAGAGACUCAUGCACAGCAAUUCCUGAACUUUUCUCUGAGGAUCACAGCCCAGUGCGUAACCACCACGCCACCAGGGCUCCCCUGAACUUUUCUCAAGAGGGAAAAAAAAAUCAAGUAUUUUCUGAGAUUUCUUCUUUCAUCAUUAGAUCUGCGAAAGGAACCACACACACACAGACAUGUAAUUUCAAUCAUU